AUGGUUGCCACUGUCCAAAAGCCAGCUCCAAGCUUCUCCAAGACCGCCGUUAUUGACGGUGUGUUCGAAGACAUCACCCUUGAACAAUACAAGGGUAAGUGGGUGUUGCUCGCAUUCAUCCCAAUGGCAUUCACUUUCGUCUGCCCAACCGAAAUCAUUGCCUACUCGGACGCUGUUAAGAAGUUCGCCGAGAAAGACGUUGAGGUUCUGUUCGCUUCCACCGACUCCGAGUACACUUUGCUCGCCUGGACCAACGUUGCACGUGCCGAUGGUGGUCUUGGAAAGGUCAACAUCCCAUUGGUCUCCGACAAGAACCACACCCUUUCUAAGGACUACGGUGUCUUGCUCGAGGACGAGGGAAUCGCUCUUAGAGGUAUCUUCUUGAUCGACCCUAACGGAGUUCUGAGACAGGCCACCAUCAACGACUUGCCAGUCGGAAGAAACGUCGAGGAGUCCUUGAGACUCGUCGAGGCCUUCCAAUUCACCGAGAAGUACGGUGAGGUUUGCCCAGCCAACUGGACCGCAGGUGCCGAUACCAUCACCCCAGAGGUUGAGAAGUCUAAGCAAUACUUCUCCAAGCACGGUUAA